GCUCCGGAGCCGAUUGUGCGUUGAGGACGAGGACCGUGCUUUCGCAGACGGACACCUGCUCUUGAGCUUGCUCCAUGAGGACACAGAAACGGACGCUGUUGAGGCUGCUGCGCUGCCUUCGGCUUCCUCCGCGCAGUGGCCGCGCGAGGUGUUUGUGUGGUUCUUCCUGGAUCGCGUCAACGAGGUCGACACAGCCCGCCGACACCAAAAACACGUCUGCAGCCCACGACUUGGACGUCUCACCAUGCCUCUGCCCUUUUCCACACCUCUGCCAAGAAGCCGUAUUCUCAAGAUGCCAUCAAGCCGCUUGCGGAACAGUGCACGUUGA